AAUUCUUUUAGUCAUGUGGCCCAACUGAUCCAAGUCACAUGCCUGCUCACAGGCAGAGUGAGAGAGAGAAAGGGAUACUGAGAAAAUAGAAUGAGAAAAAGGAACUAGAGAGAGAAGACUAAAACAUGGAGAGGAAACCAAAGAGAGGCGUCUCAUUUAUAGGUCUCAGCAGGAAGUAACUGCCAAGAGAGUAUGCAAUCUGCGUGUGUCUGAAUUAUGCCAAUGAGAAAGAGUAAACAAAGGACAUAACGUGACAAAUUAAUCUAUUUUUUAAAAAGGGGUAUAAGGUUAUACAAAGCGGUUUAGUCUCUAAAAUUCAAGAAAUUCAGGAAAUCUUCGAAGAAAAAGAGAGAGAGAAAGUAACUGUCAGUCAAGUGGAGGGGAGGAGACUAAGGCGUCACCACAAUGACACACUGCUUUUUCACACCUCUCCGAUAAAAUGUCUUUGGCUCAUUUGCAGGCAAGCAGUAAGUGUGUUUGUGUCUGCGUGUGUGUAUAUGUACUUGGCUAAGAGUGUAUACAAGUAUGCUAGAGCACAGAGGAGAAGAGGACACAGAGGAUAUAUAUUCCCUCAGAAGGGAUAUGUAAUUGCAACAUCUCUUCAUACUACAUCAAUCUUCAGGAUGUCAAGCUGUUGAGCAGGAGCGUGUGUGUCGUGGUGAAUAGUGCUCAUGUGAUGGGUCCAGCUCAGUAACUAUUGGUUCAUCUGCAUGAAUGUGCACCAUAACAUCCUGUAAAGAUGGAAGAGAGACUCAAACUGACUCGAGAGAAUUCAAAAAGUGUCACUAGUGAAACUGCGUCGCACCUUCAGCCCACCAGGACCCAACCAGGAAACAGUCCAGCACCUAAAUGGACCAAUGGCCAGUGUGUGUUGGCCGUUCCCAGCUCCUCUGUGUUCAGUCCGAGGUUUGACCUUUCACUCUGUCGGGGUCUACUGGAGCGGAAAGGCUUUCAGAUCCCUACACAGGACUUUGAGGCCCCUCUUCAGAGUGCUCUGGGCAGUUCAUCUGUACGCAGAUUCCUCUUCUUCAACUCCAACGUCUUCCACUUCAUCCUGACCCCAGUGCUGUAUCUAGUGCUGUGGUGUGGUGUGUACUCUACGGUCCAUCUCUACAUGGGAGAGACUAUCACAGAUUUCUGGGUGCUUUGUCUGUGUGUCAGCCUGGUUUCCAUCGCCUUUACUACAGUGAUUCUCCUCAUUCUCCACCACAACAGCAAAGAGAUCAACAUGAACAUAGACACCCGGCUGAUCCAGGUGAAUGAGAGGCUGAUCAGACACUCUCUGCUGAUAGGGGUGGCAGACUGGGUACAGCAGUGUACAGGAACACUGCAGCUCUUCUGUGUUUACUGGGACUUGACACCCUGCCUGGCUGGCCUCACAGAAGCUCUUGAGAACAUGAGUUUUGUCAGAGAUGAGCUGCAGAAAAAGCUGAAGAAAAGAAUGUCCAGUCUGACCUUGGUGACAGAGGUAAUGAGUUAUGACCCUGAUGCAAUCUCACUGGACCAUGAUGUUCCUGAAGAGGAGCGCCCGUUGUUGGAAGAGAAUGAAGACACAAAUCGCAGUACUCCCUCUAGUCAGCGGGAGGAGACAAAACUCACAAAAAACCUCAGUCUUGUGCCAGACCACACCUUACCGGCACAGGACAUAGCACAGCAGCUUCUACUGAUUUAUAGUUCCGCCUACAUAAAGCUGCUGGUAUCUGAGAGACUUUCCCGUGCCCCACAAGGACUCAUUAACGGAAGGAGAUCUCACUGUACAACUGCUGCUCUGUGUCUCUGUCAGUAUGUCAAUCUAAAAGUCUUGCAUUAAGAGAGACAUUUAAGCCACAUUUAUGUACACAUUCUAUACGUUUCAAUAGUGAAUGAUCCACUUAUGUACUGUUAGAGACUAAGUAUGGAUGUUUCAGAGAGUAUUAGACAUGCUUUUUACAUGACAGUGUAAAGGUACUGAGGUAAUUUCUUUAAUUUCUUUUCUUUAAAAAAAUAUGAUGUAAUAUCAUUUGUCAGUUGUCAGUAUUAAGAUAGAUUUAUAUGAAUGAAAAAAAAACUAAAAAUAUCAGUUCUCAACUGACUGAAAUAAAUGUUGUGGGCUGACCGGA